GAUGGGUGGUUCUGUGGCGUCACUGUCUCGACCGCCAUUGAUUGUUUUGUUGAUGCACCUCAAACUUGGAGAAUUGCACACCAAAUCCGCUCCUUGAUUCAAAACAGAGAGAUUCAUUCACUUGUUCUCUGGCGCACUCAAUCAUGGCCCAUCAUCGUCUCCUCAGUCAAGAUUCGGCCAUUUUCUCUCCCUCGGUUGCUCGUAUCGCGGCUUCCACCGCCCGCGAUUGGUCCUAUGUUGACGCCUGGCUCUCCUCCAAAUUUCACCCUCGACCGGUCCCGUCUUUCGAGCGCAACAACGACACCCUUAAAGCCCUAUUAGCUCUCGCCUCUGUCAACGAAGCUGCCGAUGAUGAGCGCAACCUGGUGGCUAAGUCUGAAGCAACUGCUUUGCAGGAGCUCACCGACUCUGGGAGGAAGAUCGACAAAACUAGCCGGCCACUGAGGGAAGGCCUCAUUGAAGCCGUAGAACACAAUCUACCUACCGAUGGCCACACCGCUCUUGAUGCUAUGGCCAAUAUGACUCUUCAAUUCGGAGUCGCUUUCCCAGAGCCCGACACACUAGGCCAGCGCAUGUGCCAACUUCAGGCAAGCAUCCACGAUGCUGAACAGAUGAAGGCCCGCGUCGAGGUUCUCCAUAAACAUAUAGACGAUGAAGCAGCUCGUAUCAAGGAACUUUUCAAAGAGCUACAGAGAGACGACUAUCGGCCACCGGCACAUUUGGCCAAGCAGAACCUCGACAUGCAGCGCAAGGUCAAGGCAUUGUCCGCCAAACUACCUGAGCUUCAAGACAAGGUUGCUGCCCUGGCUGCAUCCACCGACUCCUCGCACCCAACCGUUGCCGACCUCGCUCGCGACGAGCAAGAAUACUUGUCAGUGUUGUCACGAAAGAAGGAGCUUGACCUCCAGCUGGCCACGUUUCAAGGUCUUCCUAGCAAUCCAGACAUGGCCAGAGCAGAACUCGAAGAGCUCCGAGAUCAGCUACGUUCCGUAGAAUCGCAGCGUGAUGCUGUCUUUGAAGGCUUAGUGGAACGUGAAAGUCCUGUUAAGCGACGACGCUGAGUUUGUCUUAUUUGAUCCUUGGCCUGAUACUAUACAUUAAUGAACCUUGAACACUGCCAACUCUACUUCCGCAUCAAGUCGACACACCAGACAAAUAACGCUCAAUACCUAUAUAACCAAACUGGAAUCAGUCGCUAUGGGUUUCGCCGCCCCUUACCUGCCACGGCGCCACCCAAUCUUCCAAACUGUCUACCCAACCCUAUUCUUUUGGCCGGCACCGGAGGAGCGGGCGCUGGCUCUUUCUGGGGAAUCGUUUGCAAGCCGACACCCCGUGUCUCCUUGCCUUUGACAUCUACCGCUCCGUCGCCAAUGCGGAGUUCACUGACUCCCAUUGGUGGUAUUUCGUCACCGUCCAUGUUGUUCUGACGCUGCGCGCGUCUAGCUCGUUCCUGCACACUUCGGAACUUUUCCAGGAGUUCAACCCAUCGUAUGUUCCCAUCUUCCCUGCUCUUGAGUCGAUUGGGUCUGUCAAAAUUGGAGCUACUUGUAGUUGGAGGAGCCCUGUCCACAGGUUAGCUUGCCACAGAAGCCGGUACAUCUCGCUGGGGAGUCAAGAGCUAAGCAAUCCUUGCCCAACACGCCCACUACAAAGCAAUCUUCAACUUACGUUCGAGGUGCCGCAUGUAGAUAACCUAUAGAGCUGACACUGUUGAGUCUGUUCUUCAGCGCAGCGAAUGCCGAGGACUGUGGUAGAAGCAUGAGAAUGCCAUACAUGCACUUGUAUAAGUAUGGGUACUUCUCAGGUUCCAGGAGCUGUAGUCGUAAGUCUGGACGGGUUGUUAGUUCGGGUACGACAAGUGUAUGAUGGGGACUACGCUUACAAGUGAAGACGGGUGACUCAAUAAGCUGUACUAGCUUAUCUACUUGAAUGAGCAUGUUGACUGUCAUGUCCAAUUCGCCGCUGGAACGUGUCAGUUUAAGUAGCAUAUUCUGUUGCACCUGGGCUUACAAGAUCUGCAGCAAGUUGUAAGCUUGCUCAUAGGCCUGGGCGAGCAAGCAAAGUGAGAAGGUAGCGACAGCAUUAUAGCACCAUGAUCGAAACAAUGCCACGAAUAGCGUUUGACCAUCCUUG